AGCGCGUAAAACAGAAUGCAUGGGUGUCAAAGCAGUAAAAUGAUAUAGAAUUGAGAACUGUAUGUUGACUGACUUUUAUUGUUUGGUGAAUUCACGCCAAGGUCGAAGAAAAUAGAAUUAUUUGAAAAUGAAAGAAAAAUCGAAAAAUGCUGCCCGGACUCGACGGGAAAAGGAAAAUAGUGAAUUCUAUGAGCUGGCCAAGCUGUUGCCUUUACCUUCUGCCAUCACGUCUCAGCUUGAUAAAGCUUCAAUUAUUCGACUCACAACAAGUUACUUGAAAAUGAGAAUCGUUUUUCCUGAAGGGCUGGGAGAGUCCUGGGGCCACGUGAGUCGGACCAGGUCUCUGGAUAAUGUUGGGCGAGAGCUGGGAUCACAUCUGUUACAGGUGGGAUCACAUAUCCUACAGACGUUGGACGGGUUCAUUUUUGUGGUUGCUCCUGACGGGAAAGUAAUGUACAUAUCUGAAACAGCAUCGGUCCAUUUGGGCUUAUCACAGGUAGAGCUGACCGGAAAUAGUAUUUACGAGUACAUCCACCCCGCUGACCACGACGAAAUGACAGCCGUGCUGACAGCUCACCAACCCUGCCACUCGCACUUUGUCCAAGAAUAUGAAAUGGAACGUUCAUUCUUUCUGAGAAUGAAAUGCGUCCUCGCGAAAAGAAAUGCUGGUCUGACAUGUGGUGGAUACAAGGUGAUCCACUGCAGCGGGUACCUAAAGAUCCGUCAGUACAGCCUGGACAUGUCUCCAUAUGAUGGCUGCUAUCAGAACGUGGGCUUGGUGGCGGUGGGCCACUCUCUACCCCCUAGCGCUGUCACUGAAAUCAAACUACACAGCAACAUGUUCAUGUUCAGAGCCAGCCUGGAUAUGAAGCUCAUCUUCCUCGACUCCAGGGUAGCUGAGCUGACAGGCUAUGAGCCCCAGGAUCUUAUAGAGAAGACGCUCUAUCACCAUGUCCAUAGCUGUGACUCCUUCCACCUGAGAUGUGCACACCACUUGUUGCUGGUGAAAGGCCAAGUGACCACUAAGUACUAUAGGUUCCUGGCUAAGCAGGGUGGCUGGGUUUGGGUCCAGAGCUAUGCCACCAUCGUACACAACAGCCGUUCCUCCAGACCCCACUGUAUCGUCAGUGUCAACUACGUCCUGACGGAUACUGAGUAUAAAGGACUCCAGCUGUCUCUGGACCAGGUUACAGACACCAAGCCCUCCUUCCCCUUCAGCAGUGCUCCCACCAGCCUCACUGAGAACCGCAGAGCACCCAAGAGCAGAGUGUCCCGAGCUAAGGCCAAGGCUCGACUGUCCCCCUACACACAGUACACUGGUUUCCAGGCCGAGCGGUCAGAGUCGGACCAGGAUAGUCCUUGGGCAGGAUCUCCCCUCACAGACUCCGCUUCCCCUCAGCUGCUGGAGCAGAGGGAGGGGCUUAGCGCCUCCUGUGCCUACAGGCAGUUCUCCGAGCCACGUCCCCUCUGCUACAGCCUCCCAAUCACUGAGGAGCACCACCACCACCACAUCCCCAGCGAAAGUCACCCCCACCUCGACAGACACGGCCACAACCAGACGUGCGAGCGGGGCCGCUGUGAGGCAGGGAGGUACUUCCUGGGUGCUCCCCAGGGUGGGACAGAGGCGUGGUGGGGAGCUGCCCGCUCUGUGCUGCCCCUGGCCAAGACCUCGUCCCUGGAGAAUGGAGAGGGAUACGAGAGCAGCGUGCCCCACAUCACCUCCAUCCACAGUCUGCAUAACUGUGGCCAAUGGGACCAGGACAGUGUGGUCAGCUCGCCAGACGGGGGCUCCGCCAGCGACUCAGGGGACCGUUACCGCGCAGACUACUUCCGGGUCAGCCCCCAGGAGCCGAGCAAGAUCGAGACCCUGAUCCGAGCCACGCAGCAGAUGAUCAAGGAGGAGGAGAAUCGUCUGCAGCACCGCAGCAAGCUCCACCCAGGCCCUGACACUCCUCUAGGUCCUGCCAACGGCCUCCCGAAGGGCCCCGGACCCAGCUUCACCACUGACUACCCCCAGGGAGUGCUACAUAGCGUGUUGUGCCGUGGCCUGGGUCAGGUGAUCAGCCCCGCAUCAAGCCCUGCCCCUCUCUCCAGGCUCAGCAGCCCAGGGUCUGAUCCCCUCCUCCCCAAGCCCAAAAACUACCUCCAACAGACAGGACAGACAGACUUGUCCCCUCACCCCCAGCCCCUGCACCACCAGCUUGGCUGUCCAGGCCCCUGCUCAGACUCCUCCCCUACCCCUGCCCCAGCCCUCUACCCUUCCCACCCCCAAACCCAAACGGGGAGGCCCUAUCUGGACAAGCAAGCUGCUGCCUACUCCUUGACGGGCUAUGCCCUAGAGCACCUGUAUGACCCCAAGAGCCUCAGGGACUUCUGUUCCUCCGCUGGCUCCACCCACUACGACGUGACUUCACACCUGCGCAUGCAGGCAGAGCAGGGGCCGGGACACAAGGGGACCUCCGUCAUCAUCACCAACGGCAGCUAACGCCUGCUUGUCCAAUAACACUAAAGGGAUGUCUAAAAUGUCAGCCUAUUCCCUGUAUAGGGAAAAGUGUGCCAUUUCCCUACAUGCUAUUUUUGACCAGAGCCUGCGUAGGGCUCUGGUCAAAAGUAAUGCACUACAUAGGGAAUAGGGUGCCAUUUCAGAUGCACACUAAAACACAUGAAGAAGAAACUGGAUCCAUGGAAUAUUCAUUCUAUAGCCCAGCCUCAACGGCCUUUUCUGUGUCUUAUCCAGCAAAAACAUUUGUUUCCUUUUCUUUUAAUCUUUACAGAGCUACAUUAUUCCAUUUGCACUGCCAGAAAUAGAGUUUAAUUGUGGGAACCUCACCCCUAUGGUUGAAGAUAGGGUUGUGGAUAUGUUUUGAGUUAACAGGACAGGGUUCAACGUUAGUGCACUUUUUAGUGUUGGUCAGAAUCCCCUUAUCACAACACAACUCUAGAACUAGACCUGGUUAAAUUGAUAUAUUUUUUGCCCGCUCUACAGACAGAUCUGUCUGCUAAUACAGGACUAGUAAAGGCCCAGUGCACUACUUUUAAGAUAAUAAUUCAGGGGGUACUACAGCAUCCUCAGCACCCCUACUUUCCGUACCUAUGGUUAAAGGUGUGUAGUAUAGAGAUGAAGCAAAAAUGACACACAAAAAAACUUCACAGACAUCAACAAUUAUGCAAAUUCAUUCUAUCUAUGUUCUCCCCAGUAGGUAAGCUAUGGAUUAAGGGAAGUGUACCCACACUUUCAGAGAAAGCAAAGGGGGGAUUUAAGGGAUACAUGCAAGAGAUACAUAUGCCUACAUUUACAUUGAGACAUACAGCAGUUCACCUGGACUGUCAGGUAGCAGGCUUUACUUGGGCUAAAUGUCUUGUUGGCGUGGAUAACAACAUUUAUUAGUGAUUUGGUCUGUAGUGGUAUAAUAUCACCUCAGUGAGGAUACCAACAUUAUAUACAACCUCUAAUGAACAACCUUAUUGAGAUGUGAUUACUGGGAGGCUAAGGGUCAAUAUGAUGGCAUGGAUUGUCUCAUUUGCCAGGUGUAGUGGUAAACACUGAGGGGGAAUUUAGCAUGCUUUCAAGGUAAACACUGAGGGAGUUAGCAUGCUAGCAAGGCUGAGGUGUGAGUUAGCAUGCUAACAAGGUUGAGGUGUGAGUUAGCAUGCUAACAAGGUUGAGGUGGGAGUUAGCAUGCUAACAAGGAUGAGGUAGGAGUUAGCAUGCUAACUAGGCUGACGUGAGAGUUAGCAUGCUAACGUGUGUGUACCUCCGAGGCAUGUCUUGUUAAAUUGUCAACAAGGGUAAUUGUACAGUUAUUGUACUGGAAAGAGAUGCCCAUUGUUUAUUGAACAUAUGAUGAGAUGAAGGAAAAAUCAAGUGAUGUGAAAUGGAGAGAUUGUGUCUGAUGUGGUUGAUCGACUUGUGCAUUGUUCUAAUAUUACAGAAUGAUGUAGUGGCAACGCUUGCUUGUACCAACAUGACAUUAGUUAAUAUUACCAUAAUAAUGAGUUAUAUGACAAUUCAUGAAAUGUUUUCACAAAGUCAUGAUACAUGCAGCAAUAUGCAAUCCAACCAGUUGGGUAGUCAGUUAGACAGCCUAAAUCAUUAUCACAUCUGAUCACGAUAAUGCUUGUUUGUUAUAAACUAGCAUUACCUUUCUCUAACGCUUCAUAUCAUGUUUAUUAUUCUGUUUUGUAGGCAGUGUGACACAUUUCUAGCGUUCCCCUGGAUUCUGUUGUAAAUGUGGUUACCAUAUCUCUUUAUAUUUAUAAGUUUGGAUUUGUUUUUGUUUUUGUCAGAGUCUGAAUUGUGCUUUUCCAAAGUUAUUUAUGAUGUAAAUAUGCUGAGAAAAAGACACCACUUUGAAGCACAAGAGAAAAGUUGUAUUUAUUUAGUGAAUGUUUAUUUUGGGUUUUGAAACAUAGUUGCAAUCAAAACAGUCUGCUUGCAUAUGA